UUGAUACAGGAGAUCAUGAUAGCUGCAGUAGAUAAUCCAUUAAAUGCCCUGGAAUAGGUUAUGGCAGAGAUGAUAAAUCAACCCAAACUGUUGCAAAAGGCAACGGAGGAAAUAGACAGGGUGGUCGGGAAGGAGCGGCUGGUCCAAGAAUCUGACAUCCCUCGUCUCAAUUAUGUCAAGGCAUGCGCCAAAGAAGCUUUUCGCCUCCACCCAAGCACCCCCUUCAACGUCCCCCACGUGGCCAUCUCCGACACCACCGUGGGCGGCGGCUACUUCAAUCCCAAGGGCAACCACCUUCUCCUGAGUCGUAUUGGCCUGGACCGAAACCUUAAGGUCUGGUCCGACCCACUCCGGUUCGACCCAGACCACCACCUGACCGGCGACAGCUCAGAGGCGGUGGUGCUCACGGAGCCCGAUCUGCGUUUCAUCUCCUUCAGCACCGGCAGGCGUGGGUGCAUCGCCGCGACGCUCGGCACGGCCAUGACCGUGAUGCUCUUCGCUAGGCUCAUUCAGGGGUUCAGUUGGAGUCCGCCGCACAACGUUUCCGGCAUCGAGCUCGCCGAGGCAGAAAACGACCUCUUCAUGGCUAUACCACUAGUUGCGCGUGCUACUCCUCGAUUGCCUCUUCAUCUGUACCCCACCAAUUGA